AAACUAUUUAAAGUACUCCUGUCUUCCACUUUCCUAAGUCGCAACAAAAAAGAAAUAUCCCAUGAAUUAAACCACAAAAUCAUGGCGUUUUCAGUUCACUUUGAGUCCCAAAAUGGCAACUUUCAAGUCGAAGAAACGGACAUUCUCAACCAAUUUGACGUCGUAUCAGAUGACUCCGACCAUUUCUUCCUCAACCCCCAUCCCAAAACCAAAUCCGCCCCACCGGAGCACUUCGCCAACGCAUCAAGCACGGUCCACAGGGCGAUCAUGCAAGAAUGGAGGAUCCUGCAAAAAAACCUUCCAGAAUCCAUCUUCGUACGCGUCUACGAGAAACGCAUCGAUCUCUUAAGGGCUGCAAUCAUCGGAGCCGCAGGUACACCUUACCAUGAUGGACUCUUUUUUUUCGACUUGGCAUUUCCACCUGAUUACCCAGUAGGACCUCCACUUGUUCAUUACCGAUCUUUUGGGCUCUCGAUCAACCCGAACUUGUAUCCAGACGGGAAGGUAUGUUUGAGUUUAAUUAACACGUGGAUUGGAGAAAAGUUUCAGAAAUGGAACCCAAAGGCGACGACCGUGCUUCAGCUCUUGGUUUCGAUCCAAGCUUUGGUUCUUAAUGAAAAACCGUUUUAUAAUGAGCCUAUCAUUAAUGGAAUUUUGCCUGGAAAGACCAUCAAGGAACAAUUGUCUGUUGCUUAUAACAGGGAUGUUUUUGUCAUGUCUUGUAAGACGAUGCUGUUUCUAAUGAGGAAACCGCCUACGAAUUUUGAAGGGUUGGUUUUUGGGCAUUUCAGGGAGCGUGGGAGCUCCAUAUUAUUAGCCUGUAUGAAUUAUGUCAAUGGGAGAGUUCAAGUUGGGUGCUUCAAGAAUGAUGGAUCUGGAACAUCUGGGACAGGGAAUUUUAAGGUACCUAAGAAAUUUAAAGGGUCAUUGAAACGGUUAUAUCCAGAGCUGGCAGCAGAGUUUUCUAAGGCUGGAGCUUCUUUGGGGAAUUCCAUCGAAGAACUGAAUGUGGAGGAGGAAGAGCAGGAGAAGAAGAAGCUGGCGUGGUUUAAAAUCAAGCAGGUGACUGAGGUGAAAGUGAGAAAGGCACGUGGAGUUACUAGGAGGCUGUUUGGUAAACUAAACAAGGCUUUUGGAAUGAAACUUGGCAGAAAUGGUAGAAGCAAUCAAAACAAAGUUGGUCGAGCCAGUUUAGGCCUUGAGGUGAUAUCGACUAUGGAGUACCAAUGUCAAAAGUUGAAUCAUAGCUUGAUUCAGCAAAUGCAAACCCAGCUAAUCAGUGAGAACCCAAACCAAAUUCAGUGGCAAAUGCAGUAUUCAAAAUGUUUCAACCAUCCACUUGUUCAAGAGUGUGAAAGCUCUUAA